AUGGUCGAGUCUAUCUCUACACAGAAGCUCAAUGCGGCGAUCGGAAAGAUCGAUGAGGCCACCCGCGGCCCGAAUGCCAAAAUACCUGGAAUCGUCUGCGUCGCGGUGAAUCGCAACGGCGACCUUAUACUUUCUCAUGCGUCGGGCCUCACCAAACUAGGUGGUGAAUCUCCAAUGUCCCUCGGCACAGUCCUCUGGCUUGCUUCGUGCACAAAGCUUCUGACGGGAAUCGCGUGCAUGCAAUUGGUCGAGCAAGGCCGACUUGCUCUUGAUGAUGCUGCUCAGCUCGAUGGAUUGGCUCCAGAGCUGAAGAAGCGGAAGGUCUUGACUAAGGGCCCUGGGGGCGAAUAUACACUGGUUCCUCAGGAGCGGCCUAUCACCCUGAGGAUGCUUAUGACUCAUACCUCUGGAUUCGGCUAUGCCUUUGACGACUUGAACAUCUCCGACUGGGCAAGGCCAAUUGGACUAGAUGAUUUCGGAGGCAGACAGGAAGAAGUUCUGUUACGACCGCUUGUCUUUCAACCUGGAACAGCCUUUCAGUAUGGCGUCAGCAUGGACUGGGUGGGGCUGAUUAUUGAACGAGUUACAGGGAUGUCUUUGGAAAAGUAUUUCCAGACGUAUAUUUUCGCUCCGCUCGGUAUUAACGAUAUAGCAUUUCGUCCAACUCAGGACAUGAAACGAAGACUUGGAUAUAUGCACCAACGUGCCCCGGACGGAUCCCUGAGCGUGACAGACCAUCUUCUGCGACAUGCUUUGGUCACGGAUGAAUCCGACGAGCCCUUCUGCAUGGGCGGUUGCGGGUGUUUCGGCACUCCAAGAGAAUACGCAAAAAUCCUCUCCGUCCUUCUCAACAACGGCACCUGCCCCAAGACCCAAGCCAAAUUACUAAACCCCGAAACUAUCAGACAUAUGUUCACCGAUCAGAUCCCCACGCUCCCAAUCGAUCUCAACGAACCGUGUCCCUCCGCAAAACCACACCUCGCCAACCCCUGCCCCAUCAUUCACAAGCCAGGCAACCCGACCAACGGCUGGGGCUUAUCCUUUGCUUUGAGCCACCAGAAGAGCGAAAAGGGGCGAGCAGCUGGGUCCGCGUCUUGGGAGGGUCUUGCGAAUUUAUAUUGGUUUGCAGAUCGAGAAUCUGGGGUUGCGAUGGUUUUUGCGGCGCAGGUGUUGCCGUAUGGAGAUUAUCAGGUGGUGAGACUUUGUGAGGAGGUUGAGAGGUUGGUUUAUGAGAGUCGGGGGACAGAGGCUAGGAGCUCGCUUUGA